GUAUGAGGUGUACAGCAGUUGUUGUGCUUGUUUCGCUUUUUGGAUAUGUUGCCGCUGCGACCUUUGGCAAUCAGACAGAGCUGCUUGUUGGUCAGGAUGGCUUACUUUCGAGACGCGUUCGAGCUGUGUUAUUUCCCAAAACGUCGUCAGUGCUGAUAACGGCAGCGAUGACCAAAAUAAUUGUGGGCGGUCGACCAGGUGGAUUGCAAUAUAGCUUGGAGUUUGAUAUGUAUGUAGCUCUGCCGGAUACUGUGGAAGGUUGGCGACCAAACAUACUUCUCGAUCAUGCAAAGCAUAAGAAUCCUACAGCCCCAAAACCAAAACGUCGCUGGGAUUGGCCAUUUCAGGAUUACAGGCGGAAUGGCACGCGUUAUAGCUAUCCGCUUGGUAACCCCAAUUUGUACUAUAGAGUACCUUACCAGCCCGAAUAUUAUGCCAACUAUGUGAAAUCGCAAACGCACAAGGAUUAUUUCUAUAAAAGUCCUUGGCAACUGACUGAAGAGCCUUGGCAAGGACAUCGCCGGCACAAAGCGGAGGACGAGGUAUACAAAUCCUGGGCAGAUGUCCCCAGCUGGAAGCUAAAUCGUGAUUACAGAGAACGACGCGCAAUCUUUGACCAGUUAGAGGCAAUGGGAAAUUACUUUCGCCUAGAUCUAAGGUCCUGCAUAAAGCGGUCAAUUUGCGAGCUUAAGGCCAGAUUUAAUGAAAACCAUGGCAGCGGCUUACUCAUGGAGGAUCUACUGCGCAUUAUACUGACUCUGCCUGAAGAAGUUACUGACGAGAAGUACAAGCAUCAAGUCAAUAUGCGUGACUGUGCCCGUUUCUAUGCGGUUUCCUGCCCGUAUAGAGUGCUCGAUUUCCUAACGAUGAACGUGGGGUCUAGCUGAAAAACGAAGUAGG